GACAUGGUGUAUGGGGGUGGGGAGGUGGGUGCAAUAUGGCCGGGCACCCGCGGAGCCUCCAGCUGACUAGCACUGCUCAGGGCCAUGCGGCCAGGGUUGCAACCUCGGCCGGUCCCCGCGAGCCAGUGUCUCCAACUGGCGUCGCGCCCACCUCGUCCUUCAGAUGGGGGUCCAGCUACGCCGGGCCUUGCCGCCAUACCCAGGAGGAAUGGGGGUGAGGAGAGGCCUUGGCAGAGCUCGGCCUCAGGAUCACGUCCCGGUGGAGGCUCAGCAAAGGAGAAGCCGUCUUACUGGCCUCUCCUCUGCUGGGAUCACGGGAAAAACGCGGUAAUUACUCCCAAACCCCGCUCUCAAAGGCGAGGCGGAGAGGCUGCCGGGACGGUUUGAGGACUGGGCUCAGCCGGGGAGACGCCAACCUUCACCCUUCCCGGCCCCCGACCCAACUCCCCGCCGUCUCCCGGCGCCGCCACUUCAGGCAGCCCACUCGGCCCGGCCUCUCCCCGCGCCCGGACCACCCCCCAUGGGGUGCUCUCACUGCGCAGCGAGUCCCUCCGCUGCCUCCUCCCAGCCCAAAAUGGCGGCGGCGGUGGCCACCGAGCUGCUCGUCGCCUUCCUCAAGGCUAGGGAAUCCCUCCGCGCGUAAGCCCCGCCCCUGUGAGCCGGAUCUAUACUUCUCCCUGGUAAAGACUAACGCCAUCAAUGAACUCUUUAAUUGAGUCCUGACAGGGCGGGUCCAGUUGUGCUUCCGCACAGCUAGUUGUUGACAAAAGUAGGCAGACUGGCAGACGAGCGACCCAAUCAAAGAAGAGAUCGGUGACAGUACUUAGAGGCAUCAUCUACUGAACGACUAGGAGAAGAUGGCCACUCUGAGCCAUACCAACUGUAAUACAGCAUCACCAGCUGCUCUGGAGGAGGCGCGGACUUCCGGGGGUCUUCGGAGUCCCCAGAUAGCCCAUGAGCCUCAUGACUUCGGUGGUUCCCAGCUUCCGCCACCAGGAAGGGAGGUUCGAUCAGAGGAUGAAGGGACUGCCCCAGCUGGCGGCGAUGGCUCAAGUUGUAACAUCAGGGGUUCUCGAACCCAGAGCCCAGGGGGCUGUUCCGUGGAGGCGGUGCUGGCCCGGAAGAAGCACCGCAGGCGGCCGUCGAAGCGCAAGCGGCACUGGCGGCCCUACUUGGAGCUGAGCUGGGCUGAGAAGCAGCAGCGAGAUGAGAGGCAGAGCCAGAGGGCCUCUCGGGUCCGCGAGGAGAUGUUCGCCAAAGGCCAGCCCCUGGCACCCUACAACACCACGCAGUUCCUCAUGGAGGACCGCGACCUGGAGGAGCCUAACCUCGACGUGCUGCACGGGCCCUGCCACGCAGGCUCCGGUGGGGAGAACGAGGCGGGGGACAGCGACGGGCAGGGCCGAGCCCACGGGGAGUUUCAGCAGAGGGACUUCUCCGAGGCCUAUGAGCGGUACCACACCGAGAGCCUUCAGGGCCGCAGCAAGCAGGAGCUGGUGCGCGACUACCUGGAUCUAGAGAGGCGGCUGUCUCAGGCCGAGCAGGAGACUCGGAGGCUCCAGCAGCUGCAGGGACGCCCCGGCAGGCAACCCUGUCAGCAGGUGGAAGAGCUGGCUGCCGAGGUGGAGCGCCUCCGGACUGAGAACCAGCGGCUUCGUCAGGAGAACGAGAUGUGGAACCGAGAGGGCAGCUGCUGGGACCAGGAGAAGCCAGACGCAGGAGGGACCCUUUGGCCCAAGGCUGAGGCCCCAUUGCAGACCCACACAGGCCAGCUGGGUCACAGGGAGGCAGGUGACAGAUGAAAGCCAUACCCUGUCUCCAGCAUACCCUGAGAACUGCUAAGACAAGGUCAGAGUUUCCCCCGCCAUUUCCAAUGUUGGGUCUUUGAUGUCAUCUAACUUUUUACAGAGCAAUUAAACAGCCUUGUGAGAUGUC